GCAGCAACAGCAACAGCAACAGCAAGCACCAGCGCCCCCGCCUCCCGCGAUGCGACUAGGCAGGCCACCACCGCCAGCUGCGCCUGAACGUGUCGCGACUCCGAGCGACGCCGAGAUCCGCCAGAUGCAAGACGACGCUAUCAAUGCGGCCGCGUACCGUCGUGGUGGUGAUGUCGGUGACCGAGCGGGCUAUCCCGUCCACUCGCGUGUGGGCACGGGUGCAUCAAACGACUCCUGGGCCAACUCGGGAGCACAGCCUGGCAGCAACAUGCCAGAACCGCCAGAAGCACAGUAUUAUACUCAAUCGCAGCAGCCCAGCCCAGUGACGCAGCCGUCACCGCAUUUAUACUUGCCCCCAGGCGCUGGCCCACCCGACGUCCAGCAGCAGCAGCAGUUUAGGCCGUCGACGCCCACUCGUCUCGGACACCUCCAAACGCCAAGCGUGGGCACCAAUGGUUCGUUGCCAGUCGGGGGCUACGCGGCCGAUCUCGACGGCGGGUACGCCAGUGCGCGAAGUCGCGGUUACAGCUCUGCUUCUCAGUCAGGUCGGGGGUCAGAUCACGAGGGCUCGGUUCACCACAUGCCCGCGCCUCAGCUCAACAAGCCCACCCCAAUGCCCCCUUCGACACGGUCACCACUGGUCAAUGCCUUCCCCGAGCCGCACCCACCGGCUGCCCCAGCACCAGCAGGGUACGCCGUUCCUCCCCCUCAUGCCUACAACCAAUGGUCAAAGGCGCAACCACCACCGCCGCCGCCGCCAAACGGCCCUCCGUCAGAUCGCGUCCUGAUGCGCCCCGACGCCGACAACUACGCACCAUCCUCCAAGUCCGAUAAGCACGACAAGGGCGAAAAGGGCGACAAGAAGCGUUUCUGGAAUGUCGGCUGGGGCGGACCUAAGAGCAACAAGGGCAAGGAGUUCAAGGACACGCCUUCGAGCAUUAUUGAACCUCCUCCGCCCAUUCGCAGGUCACACGAAGGGACCAGGCCGAGCUUUGACGACUGGCGCGACGCCGACAUCUCAAACCAUGGCCAUGGGAGCUCUAUUGGGCACAGUCUCGAGGACACGCACCGCUCAAAGUUGAGGCCGAUGGAGCCCGUGCGCGGGACUAUGACUGCGCAAGAAGCGGCUGACGAGGUGGCCACCCUCAUCCGGGCCUUUUGCACCAGCCACGAGACGACGUAUACCAACGUGGUUCAGUUGUGCGAACAGAUCAACAACUCGGAGUAUCCCGACGCUGUUAGCAGAGAGACGGCAAAGACAAUCCGCAAGCAGCUCAAGCAAGGUGCCGACCCCGAGCGCCGUAUGGCUGCGCGUGUGUGGCUUAUUACAAUGAGAUCCAUCACCACGGGUGUCUACCGACCCUACGCAACAAACAAAAAGUUCCUCUCGGUCGUCGAGGCAAUCUUGCUCAACAACGUCAGGCAGCAGCCUUCAAAGAAGACCUAUGACACGAUUAUGAACAUUGUGUCGGGCCUCACCAACCAGUUCAGCAGGGAACGUGGCUGCGAGGGCCUCAUCGACCUCUGGCGCAAAGUCAAGCCACCUCAGGAGCCCGAGGAAGGUCGUGCACUUCCAGACGACUUCCUCCAGGCAGGAGGAGGCCCCAACAACAACAACCCGGCCUCGAAUGACUUCCAAAGACCCCCGCCUAUCAUUGCGACCGGCCCAUCACCACUGCCCUCGCCGCCUCCGUCUGUCCCAGUGUCGCGCCCAGGGUCGCAGCCGUCACUUCAGCGGCUCUCGCUUGCUGACCGCUUUGGAGGCGGUGGGCAAAUCGUUCAGUCGCCUGCCCCUUACAGUGGUGGACCCGGUUACCAGCAUCUUCCUGAUCACAAGGAGGACAUGCGCCGCCUGAUGGAGGAGUGCAACGCUGCCAAGGAAAGUGCCCGGGUGCUUGCCGAAGCCGUCGUCUUCACUCAGCCCGCGGAGCUGCAGCACAAGCCUAUUAUCAAGGAGUUUUACCGCAAGACAUUCCUUGCCCACGAGUCGCUUACAGGCCAGAUGGAUUGGGCACAGGCCGAGGCCACAAAGGCGCGCCGCGAGGCCGAGUCGGUUGAGAACAACGAGCAGCACCUCACGACCUUGGAGGAGGUCGCCCUGGCCCAGCUCUUCGAGGCGCAUAGCGUUGUGUCCGAUGCUCUCAAACAGUACGACGACCUGGAGAAAAUGGCCGCGGACGAGCAAGAAAUGCGGGCUGUUCAGGAGCGAAGCAAGAAGGAAACGAGGCUGGACCGAAGGCAGCAGAUGGACAUGCUUGCUCCAGGUGAGGCGGCCGAAGCCUCUGCCUCCAGAUCGCCAUCUCCUCACCAUGCUGGUCUCGGUGGAGGCAGUCGUGUCAGCCCUCAGGAGAGCAAUGACCGAGCCCUUCCCACGCCUGCGGCACCGGCGCCGCAACUUCAUCUUGGCGAGUCACCUACCAACCAGAUUCUCCUGCACGCUGUCCGUGACGGGGGUCGAUCGCGUACGCCGUCGCCGGAUCGUCGGGGCCUCCCCGAGCCGCCCAGGGUGCCUUCGUCGCCUGCGCGCAACCCGUCUCCUGUGGGGCGCUCUCGGGUGCCCGGACCUCGUCCUCUGCCCAGCACGAGGCAGUUGCGUUCUGUCAACAGCCCGAGCACAAACAGCCUCACUGGUUUAGUGGAUGGCCCACACCACCCUUCGCGAGGCGGCAGCGGCAGCACCAACAACGGCAGCGGCAGCGGUGCCGAAGGAGACGCCGAGGAGGAGGAUGACAACUCGGACACUCCUCCUUCCCGCCCCAGCCGCAAGGCGCUUGGCAAGCGACGCGCCGAGCCUGUCGAUCCAGACAAUGACUUCAGCCCCGACGACCUAUUCGGUGUGCCCAAGAAGCCCGAGACCAACGACGACGAAGCGGUCACUGCCGACGAAGUCUAUCUUCCCUCGAAACCUAUCAAAUAUGCGUAUGACGCAUACCAGGAGAAGCUGGACCAGGAAGCCGCAGAGUCUGUGCGCGCCGGUGGUGGCAGCGGCGGAGGCGGCAGCGGCAUUGCGGCGGCUCCGACUGUCGUGACGGCGGUGUCUGCUCGAUAGAGCGUGCGUGCUCUUGCCUACUCCCCUUUGUCCUAGCUCCUGCAUUAUUCUUUGCAUGUUCGCGUUUUAAUGACCUCAACCGCCUACCUCUCCCACCAUUUUGUAUUUAUCAUCUGUUGAACAAACAAUGCGAUGGAUGUAAACCCCAUUUGCUUCCGGUGAUUAA